UGCCUUUCCAACAAGCGCCUAUUCUCCUGCAUGCGCAGCCGUCGUGGACUUCCGGGCUGUCAAUCGUACAACACAAAGUAGGGUGGCGCGGUUACCAGGAUUCUUUGUUAGGCCCUCGAUAACCUGACAUCAGAACAAAGACCUUACUUAGAGUCUAAGGGAUUUCAGGUUUGUUGCCAUCUUUCGUUGAUUUUACAGUUGAAUAUUCUCCAAAACAGAUCUAAAUCAGAUAUGAAGAAGUCAGGCGACAAGAACCCCGAAGAGAAUGAAGCUUUCACAUCGUCGCGAAUUCACAGAAAAACCGAAUUCGACACUUUACUUCAUUCAAUUGGUGAUUUUUCCAAGUUCCAAUAUGUGCAAUGGGUUUUGCUUUUUGUGGCUGUCAUCCCCCAAGCAUGGUACACUUACAUGCCGGCAUUCGCAGCAAGGAAAGUCAAAGAACCGCAGAUGUACUGUGGAAAUAACCCUAACAUCACCGGAGAAGGACUGUGUGAUGUCUGGCGAAAUGGAACAUGCAAGCCGGUGAUGUACACAACGGGUUUCACUUCUGUCGCAACAGAUUGGGACAUCAUUUGUGAUGAUUCCAAGAAGUACAUACCUCUCACUAAGACCAUCUUCUAUGCGGGCAAGCUGUUGGGUGCAUAUCUGUUUGGCUGGAUAUCAGACAGGUUUGGCCGGCGGGUUACCCUGCUUUCCACCAUGCUCAUUCAGUUCAUCUCGUCACUGAUCCAGUGUUUUUCUGUCAACUUCUACAUGUAUGUAGCACUACGUGUGCCCCUCGGCAUCUGCAGUGGAGGAACUCUAAUUGCUGCAUUUGCACUAAUGGCUGAGAUGGUUGGACCCAAUCGCCGUAACUGGGCAAACUGCUUGGCACAGGGAUCAUAUGGAGUGGGCAUUGCCUUAGAAGCAUUUAUUGCGUACCUUCUGCCUGAGUGGAAAAACUUCAGCUUGGCUGUUACCAUCCCAAAUGUGUUGUUUGUUCUGUAUUGGUGGUUUGUUCCAGAAUCUCCCCGUUGGCUGGCAGCUCGGGGAAGGAUAAAAGAUGCAGAAGUGAUCCUCCGUAAGAUUGCAAAAACAAAUGGCCAUGAAUACCAGGAAGGCGCUUUGCAGGAGAUCAAGAGCAGGGAGAUGGUGUCAGAGAAACCAGAGAAAACUUACCACCUUUGGCAUCUCUUUAGCACUAUCUACCUGGCCAAGGUCACCAUUAUAGAGGGCUGGUCAUGGUUCGUGACAAGUGGAGUGUACUAUGGCUUGAGCUUUAACUCUGGUAACCUGUCUGGUGAUUUCUACGUAAACUUUGCAGCCUCUGGACUAGUUGAGAUCCCAGCUUACAUACUGGCCUCUGUACUAGUAGACAGGAUUGGGAGGAAGAAGCCCUUGAUAGCAUAUUACAUCAUUGGUGGCUUAGCAUUACUUAGCCUUCUACCCAUUCAAGCCUUAGGAAAGCACAAGGAACUUACAGCUUUGGUUAUGACAUUUGCACUAAUUGGAAAGUUCACAAUCUCUGCUGCUUACUACCAGAUUUAUAUUCACUCUGCGGAACUCUACCCAACAGUCAUAAGAACUAUAGGUGUUGGUUUCGCCUCACUCUGUGCACGUGUGGGCGCUAUGGGUGCACCCUAUGUUGCUGACAGCACCCCAUUAAUCGCACCAGCCAUUAUAUUUGGUGGCCUGUCUAUGACGGCUGGUAUGGUGACAUUCUUCUUACCCGAGACUCGUGGCAUGCCACUCCCAGACCACAUCCAUCCACAGGGCCCAGUAGAAUUUGAGCUGAAUGCAAGCGACACUGAACAAGAUGACAAGGCUGAUAACACUCAUUUGUAGAAUGUUGAUUAAGGUGUUCUGUUCCCAUUGUUCUGUUCCCAUUGUUUAUGGCAUACAACUAUUUUUAGAAAAAGGUUGCAAUUGAGAAUCCAUGUAUCAUUCCAGGGGGGAUACUCAACCCAAGUUUGGGUAUAGGGGUGCUGCUUGGGGUUUUGAAACCUGGCCCUGUUUAGGACCAAAAUUCUGAAAAAACCAUACCUGUUUAGGACAACCUUGAUUUUAGGACCCUGUUUAGGACAACACUCUCAAAUUCAGGACGCUGUUAGCACGUGAGGGCAAGCAAGGCAAUCAGUUCGGCGGCAGGAGAAAGAGGCCUGAAAUAUAUACCCUGUUCAGGACAGAGAGGCCUGAAAUAUAUACCCUGUUCAGGACAGAGAGGCCUGAAAUAUAUAGCCUGUUCAGGACAGAGAGGCCUGAAAUAUAUACCCUGUUCAGGACAGAGAGGCCUGAAAUAUAUUCCCUGUUCAGGACAGAGAGGCCUGAAAUGUAUACCCUGUUCAGGACAGAGAGGUCUGAAAUGUAUACCCUGUUCAGGACAGAAAGGCCUGAAAUGCAUACCCUGUUCAGGACAGAGAGGCCUGAAAUGUAUACCCUGUUAAGGAUGGAGGUAAAAAACCAUAUCCUGUCCAGCGGCACGUCUCCGUACAGCCCAUAUAAGGGAGUACCCCCGGGUGUUUCAUAACCCAGCAGUGGUUCAGUGUGUAUCAAAAAGUUGAGCAAAUAUGCCGACAUGGAAAAACCCUAAUAUUUCUUAAGUCCCUCUAAACUUUCAGAGAUCAAGAUUUUGCCGUUUUCGCUUUGUCUAUAAUGAUGCAAUGUGGGUUAUGACACAUCGAUUCUACAGUGCAUCCUUAUUUGAAAUAGUUGUAUAUUGAUAGAGCAAGUCUUUCAAUAACACUUAUUUGUAGUGCUUGGUAUUCGUAGAGCAAGGAUUGCAGUAACAUCAUAGAACACUUUUUUUCUGAUAACACUCAUUUGUAGAGUGUAUGCUAUAUAUUCAUAUGUAUCAGUAAUUUUUAUGUUGGAAUGGGUAUGUUGACGUGUCAUAUCAUUUAACUACCUAAUGAACCAAGAAACCCCAAUAUUCACUGGUACCCAAGGUAUGCUUGGCCUAACUAGGUACCAGUGACAGGGGGGUGUCUAGGGAAAAGUACAGGUUGGGGGUCCAAGAGUAGUAAUUCAGUGACCACUCAGUUCAAAUUGGCAUCCUUAGUAGGUACCUAAAAUAGACUAGGCAAACCUGAGGUGGAUCAAGCAUACCCUGGGUAAAGAGGCCCCAAACUUCACUGGUACUAAAGUAGAGCAGGCAUACCCUGGGUAAAAGAGGCCCCUAAACUUCAAUUGUACCUAAAGACCAGGCGUACCCUCGGUAAAAAAGGCCCCAAACUUCACUGGUACCUAAGAUAGACAAGGCAUACCCUUUGUAAAAGAGGCCCCAAAUUCACCUGUACUUAAGUAUACCAGGCAUACCCUUGGUAAGAGGCCCAACUUCACUGGUAUCUAAAAUAGAUCAGGCAAACCCUUGGUAAAAGAGGUGGCAAACUUCACUGGUAUCUAAAAUAGACCAGGCAUACCCUUGGUAAAAGAGGCCUCAAACUUCACUGGUACCUAAAAUAGACCAGGUAUACCCUUGGUAAAAGAGGCCUCAAACUUCACUGGUACCUAAAAUAGACCAGGCAUACCCUUGGUAAAAGAGGCCCUUAACUUCACUGGUAUCCAAGGUAGACCAAUCAUACCCUUGGUAAAAGAGGCCCCAAACUUCACUGUUACCUAAAAUAGACCAGGCAUACCCUUGGUAAAAGAGGCGCCAAACUUCACUGGUAUCUAAAACAGACCAGGCAUACCCUUGGUAAAAGGGGCCCUUAACUUCACUGGUACCUAAAAUAGACCAGGCAUACCCUUGGUAAAAGAGGCCCCAAACUUCACUGUUACCUAAAAUAGACCAGGCAUACCCUUGGUAAAAGAGGAGCCAAACUUCACUGUUACCUAAAAUAGACCAGGCAUACCCUUAGUAAAAGAGGCGCCAAACUUCACUGUUACCUAAAAUAGACCAGGCAUACCCUUGGUAAAAGAGGCGCCAAACUUCACUGGUAUCUAAAAUAGACCAAUCAUACCCUUAGUAAUACAGGCCCCAAGAUUUACUGGUACCUAAAAUAGACCAGGUAUACCCUUGGUAAAAGGGGCCCUCAACUUCACUGGUACCUAAAAUAGACCAGGCAUACCCUUGGUUAAAGAGGCCCUUAACUUUACUGGUACCUAAAAUAGACCAGACAUACCCAAGGUAGGCCAAGGAUACCCUUGGUACCAGGCUCAUGCUUUCCUGUUAAUCUAGAAAGACCAAGCAGAACUGAGCUGUCAAAGGUUCUAUGAAAUCAAAACUAUGAUAAGAGUGAGAUAACAUUCCUUUUCACCAUAACAUACUUAAAAAAAUGAAAAACCAGUUGAUAAAUAAACGAAUGGUUCGAUUCUCA